UCGCGAACCACGACUUCGAACGAUGCAUUCAUUGCGAGCGCAGCGAGCAUACAUUUCCUAACUUGUCUAGGGGGUGUGGCCUAGUGUAUGGUUCUUGUUAGUGCAAUAGGACACUGGGAAGACGUCGGACCCAAGGCUCAAUCCACCGUGGCACCGCGGAACGGAAUGCCGAGUCCGUGGACAUACAUAUGGGCCUAUCAUCCCAGGGGACUGUGCAGCGGCUCAGUCAUCCUUUCACAAAGACCGGUAUGCAUAUCAGUAAUCGAGCCCAUUGCAUGAGUAUAUCCCAAGUGCCAGUGCCCGUGACACAGCGUACACUUUGCCAUUCCCAGCCUCAUAACCCGGUAAACCCGGAAUGUCUCUGCCCUGUAUCGAAGUCGUGACCGUGCCGGCGAAUGAGGCCUUCAUCGCCAGUCCUAAGGAUAGGAGUGUCGUUCAGCCUGCCUUCGAUUUCCUGAAGAGCAACAGGGGUCUGAUCAAGAUCUACUACGGGCUACAGACCGAAGACCCCACGAAGGUCCACGUCUAUCCCGUCUGGGAGAACCUGCAGGACCACCUGAACUUGCAGGCGGACCCGGUGCAACACGCCAUCCUCGGCAAGCACUGCAAGCAGUUCAUGGGCGGUGCGCCCGAGGUCAUCCACAUUCAGCCUCUCGCCGAGCCAUACAAGGCCUUGGAAGCCCCGGCGACCGAGCUUGCGUACAUCACCGUCAACGCCGGUGUCUCGAAGGAGACGCUCGAGACUAAGCUUGAUGAGCUUGCGAAGGCAGUGAAUGCCUUGCCCGAGAGCUACGGUGCGAUCUCUGCUGUGUGGGGACCGACGGUAGAAAAGGCCGAUACACUGGGGUUGAUUAUUGGAUGGACCUCUGUAGAAGCUCACUGGAACACGGUGAAGACGGUUCCGGAGGCCAUCCAGCAGCUCAAGGACAUCCGCGAGAUAGCCACUAUCAGUCUUACGCACCAGCUGCUGGCCCCAUACAACUGACUUGACGAGGGAGGUCGCAUACACGACGAGAAGGAAGUCCGUACAUAGGAUGUAGGAUAGUAGCGCUGUGGAAGUGUGAUGGCGGUAGAGAAUGAGAUCUCCUUGAGAUGAUCGUGA